AUCGACAUGGUGUCUUUUUAAUUAUAUUUCUUAUUUAAAUAUUUUUCGGGAGGACACAUGCAGCCUUAUUUCUAAUGCAUGCGUGCAGGCAGGCAGACGCGAUGGGGAAGUCACCGUGGUGCAUUCACGGCUGGUUUUUCAACUCUGAACUGCGGGUGUCUUGAUGUGAGAAUAGACUGUGGCCACGCGCAUCUUUUAUGUGGGAUUAAGUGUAAUUUUUAAGAUGCUAGAACAGUUUGACGUUUAAAUGCCUUUUAAUUGGAAUAAUAGAUAUGUUCAUGUGAAAAAUGUCUCAAACGCAUUUAGCUGAUUAAAUACCUAAUUUAAUGUUCAAACCUGAACAUUUAUAUAGUUUGGAUAGUAGAAAUAAUGGGAGAAAAAUGAUACGUUUUUGUUAUUUAUAUGUAAAACAGCCUCUGGUGAAGAUUUCUAAAUGAUAGGUUACACUAAGUGCAGCAUGUGCUACUUGGAGUUGCUGAUGGAGUUCUGCCUUCACAGGCAUACUUACAUGCUGUUUCCACUCGGGUGUGAUUGCAAUGAACCGUAUUUUUGCAAGUUUUUCUUUUAAGGUUUUAGAUGCCUUUAUGUGGAAUGCAGAAUUACGUUUGAAGCAGGAGGAAGUUGAAGUUCACAAGCUCUAAUGGGGAUAUCUGUAGCCAAUUCAGUGAAGUGCCGUUGUUUGGGUUUCCCCUGAUUACCCAGAGGGACACUGAUGGCACUCCUAUGGAUGACUGUGGCAGGUUGUUGUAACAUACUCCUAUUUUUAAUCAAAUGUACCAUAUAAGUGGACUGGCUGCUAUUUUCAUGAAGAACAAAAAAAGAUUUUUUCUUUCUUUACAGUUAAAAAAAACAUUGUUAGAAAAAAAGUUGGUUAUGCCUCCCGAGACAUGAGCUUUCAUUUGGUAUGCGGCUUAAUUCUGCUUAGCUGCUUGACAGUGUUAGAACCUCAAAAAUAGAAAACGCCAACACCGUUUUAAUAACUGUUAAUUUUGAAACUUUGGAACUACUAUUAAUUUAAAAAUGAUUUUUAAAAAGAAAUUCAGCUCUCUGAACGAUGCAUCUGAUCUGGGAAAGAAAAAACUCUUAGUGGAAAAGCCAAUUUUUUCAUAAGGUUGAAGAGUUUCAGGACGGCAAAUUAUCCAAAAAUCCUUUAAAUUAUCUGUAAUAUUGAGUUAAUGUCAAAUUCCUAGAUAUUCCAGAAAAUCUUUUUUUUUAAUUGAAGUCACUUCUGAUGUGUCAAACCUUACUUUCCUAGAGCAAAUAAUGUUACAUUUUUCUUUACCUUGUUCUUUCAGCUCAAAAACAUUCCAUCUACCUGAGAUGGUGUUUUUAAGCUGAAAUAUUCAUUUUACUAGGAAAGUCUGGGCUUCCUAGCAGUUAUAUACUACAUUGGCUUGCCAUACAUUAUUUUAGCGCCAAACCAUUUCUUCAUCGGCGUCUCUUGUCCUGCUGGACACUUUUUAGAGCAUUAAUCAAACCGCAGCUGUAACGCAUUAAUUCGUUUACUUGUUGCGCUCUACGCGCUCGUUGAUUGGCCAAAGGUCUGAUUAGUUUAUUUAGGGGAGCCACGACCCGCCACCGCCCCUGUUUGCUGCGCAAAACGGCGACCAGAAAGUUUGAUGCCAGCAGGUACAACAUCAUUAAAUACCCGCUGCGCCGAGUGAACAUCUCCAGACGGCAUCUCCAAUCUAACAUGGCAGUCAGACUGUGCGAUGUGGCUUCACUGCUCAGAAGUGGUUCGUGGGCGCCUGAGCCUUGGACUGGGGUAAUUGCUACCAUGGAAACACAGCUGUCCAACGGGCCCACGUGCAACAAUACGAGCAACGGUCCUUCAACAAUCUCAAACAACUGCUCCUCGCCCGUAGAGGGGAGCAUAGAGGACAGUAAAACUAACUUGAUAGUCAACUAUCUGCCCCAGAACAUGACCCAGGAGGAGCUGAAGAGUUUGUUUGGGAGCAUUGGCGAAAUCGAGUCCUGUAAACUUGUUCGAGAUAAAAUAACGGGACAGAGCCUAGGAUAUGGAUUUGUGAACUACGUGGACCCAAAAGAUGCAGAAAAAGCAAUCAAUACUUUAAACGGCUUGAGACUUCAGACCAAAACCAUCAAGGUCUCCUACGCACGUCCAAGCUCCGCCUCCAUCAGAGAUGCAAAUCUGUACGUCAGCGGCUUGCCAAAAACAAUGACGCAGAAAGAACUGGAGCAGCUCUUCUCCCAGUAUGGACGCAUUAUUACCUCACGCAUCCUGGUGGACCAGGUGACCGGUGUGUCCAGGGGGGUCGGCUUUAUUCGUUUCGAUAGGCGGGUCGAGGCUGAAGAGGCCAUCAAGGGUUUGAACUGCCAGAAGCCACCUGGCGCCACCGAACCCAUCACGGUGAAGUUUGCCAACAACCCGAGCCAGAAGACGAGCCAGGCUCUGCUGUCCCAGCUGUAUCAGUCGCCCAAUCGAAGGUACCCAGGACCCCUCGCACAGCAGGCACAGCGCUUCAGGUUGGACAACCUGCUGAACAUGGCUUAUGGAGUCAAAAGCAGGUUCUCCCCAAUGGCCAUCGAUGGCGUGACCAGUUUGGCCGGCAUCAACAUCCCGGGACAUGCUGGCACCGGCUGGUGCAUCUUCGUCUACAACCUAGCUCCGGACGCAGACGAGAGCAUCCUCUGGCAGAUGUUCGGCCCAUUCGGAGCCGUCACUAACGUCAAGGUCAUUCGCGACUUCAACACAAACAAGUGCAAAGGAUUCGGGUUCGUCACCAUGACUAAUUACGACGAGGCCGCUGUGGCCAUCGCCAGUCUGAACGGAUACCGCCUCGGGGACAGAGUUCUCCAAGUCUCAUUCAAAACCAACAAAACACACAAAGCCUAAAACCCACUGAGAUUGUAGAAAACUCACCAGGAAAGGAAAAGUGGAAGCAUAACGUUCUACAUUAGUAAACAGCUUUGUAAUCGGUAUUAGUGUCGAACAAUGUGAUUUCCUUUAGUUUCUCUUCAUUGCUACGCUUUGGAUCUUUUCAUUCUAGUUUAAAGAUAAAAAAAAAAGAAAUCGUGCAGGUUCUGGUGCCUGCGUCGUCUCCACUGAUGGACCACCUAUACAGUUACUCUAGGUUUGGGUUUAUUUGUUGCACAUUACUUUGAAGCAGUAAGUCUUGUACGGUUAUGUGUUGUGAUUUCCUUUGUAUCUGUGUUCUGAUUUAGCCAUUUGUGUGUUUUAAGCUUUGAGUGGUUUGCAGGUACUUAUUUUGAGCUGCUUGUUUUUUUUUUAUUCCGUUGUAAUGAGUUGGUAAUUGGUUGGCUGCAUAACGUUGCUCAUUGUAAAAUUUAACUGAUAAAAAAGAAAAGACAAAAAAAAUUCUUAAAGCAGUACCUUGCCAAAGAGCUAAGAACCUCUUUGAUGUGGGUUUAAAAAAAGCAUCUAUUUUUAUAAAAACAAAAAUUUGGAGAAACUUUUUACUGGACCUGGAGCAAAAUAUUUUGACUUGGAUACUUUGAGAAAUAUCUUCAUAUGACACCUUGUGAGCUUUUGAACUUUAAAAAUGAAAGUUUGCAUCGGUUGACAUUUGUGGAGAGAUUUAUGAUGUAAAAGAUACCUUUUGAGAUCUUUGUAUUAUCUUUAGAUUACAGAAUCGGUGCCAGUGCUGGUUUCAUUUGUAAAUCAUCUGUGGGUCCUCCAUCUCGGUCGUCCGCUCGACUAGUCACUCGCUUUCUGAUUCGAUUUGCGAAUGGACAACAAUAAAAAUUUAUUUGCAAAAAAAAAGUGCAUGCUAAAUUAAAGCUAGGAGAGAUCUUAAACGUGUUCUACAGAGGAUGAAAAUCAGUUCUUCCUGUAAGGUUCCCUUCAGAUGAAGCUCAUGGUGUUCUGUGGUGUACCAUCAGUAUAAUUAGGCUGGUUUUGUCUCCACCAUUAGGGGUUUUUACAUACUUUGUAUGAGGGAUUGACGACGUGCUGAUAACAGCAGACGCAUUUAAACAAAAAAAAAGUCUAAAGAGUUGAACAGGUGACUUCUGAGCUUUGAGCUGUGUAAAUAGGCUUUUCUUCUUUUUUACGUUGUGUUAAAUCGACUUCUUUUGGUUCUAGUUUAGACCUCAUUGGAACGUGUUGAUUAUACGAUUUUCAUUUUACAGAGUAAGGUAUUUUCUUUUUGGAGAAUCUCUGAGUUUUAGUUUCCAUCGGUUAUGAUACUUUAUUUGUUGUCCUAUGGACUAGCAUUACAGUGCAUUAUAUUUGUUGGUUGUUUGGUCUGUAGAUAGUCUUGCUUCGUUUAAAAAAAAUGGUAUUAAACUAUAGACAUUUUUUUUAUAAUAUAUAUAUAAACAUUAUAGAUAUAUAUAUAUUUAUGUGGUAAAGAAUGGAUAUAAACCACAGUUUGGAACUACUUUACGUUUUUCUUUUUUUUCAUACUCGUAUAUAUAUAUAAAUAUAUACGUAAUGCAUAUAACCUGUCAUUAAAAUCGUAAAAAGGUGUAUAUUGCUUUAUUCUCUUCGGGGAAGGAUUGUGAAGCAGUUGCAUUCAACAACAUAAUUGGUUGUAAAAGUUUGUGGAACCGCAUGACGAUCGUCUCGGCCAAUCGAACGGAGGCAGGCACGUCGGAUGCCCCCCGGCGAACCACAAAACCUGAACCCACAUCCCGCUUUUCAACCAGUUAGUAGUCACGCUUCCCCUGAAACGAGCAGUGUGCUAUGCAUUCUAGAAUUCUUUGCAGCUGCUUUUUAUUUAUCUAUUCCUUCUUUGUGUUACUUGUAAGAGUUAAAACUUUAAGUCGACAUGAGUUGUGACACUUGCUGCUGUGGAGUAGGGGGUGGGGGGUGCAUUUUUCACAUCAGACACAUCAGAAAAAGUUUUUUCUUACUUUGUAAACUGCUUAAAAAUUAUUUGGCGACCUGUGCUGAUGGUCCGGCGUGGAAAAACGCGCUCUCUUCAAACCCCUCAUUCUCAAUCCUUAUUGGGAUUAAUUAUUUAUUUGAAGUUGUAUAGUCCAACUUGGUUCACAGCAUUUUUUUGAGAAUAGAAUUUUUUGUUGACUAUUUAAGAGGAUGUACAUGUUCUUUACUUUGUGUUUGGAUACUUUGGAUUUUUUCAAUGUUCAGUACAUCAAUAAAUAAGUUUGAAGGGCAA